AUGGUGGUAUAUAGUUUUUCAUUUUACCUUUUACUAAUCAGUUUUACAGAAGAGGAACGUCUUUCUCAAGAUCGAAAUAGGACUAAAUACUGGAGACGAUGGGGUCCUUAUUUGGGUGAAAGGCAGUGGGCUACAGUAAGGGAAGACUAUUCCGAUGAUGGAGAUGCUUGGUCUGCUUUUCCUUUUGAGCAAUCUCAUUUGAGAACUUAUCGCUGGGGAGAGGAUGGACUAGCUGGAGUCUCAGACAAUCAUCAACUAAUUUGUUUCUCAAUGGCACUGUGGAAUGAGAAUGAUGAUAUUUUGAAGGAGCGAUUAUUUGGGGUCACUGGAGAGGCUGCAAAUCAUGGAGAGGAUGUUAAGGAGCUUUAUUAUUAUCUUGAUAAUACACCUUCUCACUCUUAUAUGAAAUACCUUUACAAAUAUCCACAAUCGAAAUUUCCUUACGAAGAAUUGAUUUCAGAGAACCGUAAACGUUCCAGAUUAGAAAGAGAGUACGAGAUUACUGACUCUGAAGUACUGAAGGAUAACAGAUAUUUUGAUGUGAUCUUUGAAAUGGCAAAGGACGAUGAAGAUGAGAAUGAACUUUACUUUAGAAUUACCGCUUACAACCGAGGUCCCACCCCUGCCCCUUUACAUGUCGCUCCACAGGUAACCUUUAGAAAUACCUGGUCCUGGGGUAUAGAUGAGGAAAAGGAUCACGACAAACCUAUAGCUUGCAAGGAAUACCAAGACAACAACUAUUCUAUUCGGUUAGAUAGUUGGAAGUAUGGCUCAAAUAGAUUGGUAUUUGCUCCUUCGCCCGCCUUCAGUGAAGAAUCAUCAGACAUUGAACCUAAGCUUCUUUUCACUAAUAAUGAAAGUAAUAAACAAAAACUAUGGAAUCAAAAAAAUGCGUCACCCUACACCAAGGAUGCUUUCCAUGAGUACAUUGUCAAUGAAGAUAGCUCUGCAAUUAACCCACAACAAAAGGGUACGAAGGCCUGUGCCUGGUUUUCUUUUGAUGAAAAUGGUGGUGUUCCCCCUGGUGAUUAUGUAACUAUCCGUUACAGAUUCACAAGAACAGAUAGUGACCAGCCUGUAAUUGAUGAAGAGGCUUUCGAUAAAGUAUUUGCUCGUAGACAACUAGAGGCUGACGAGUUUUAUUGGAGGAUUUCUCCCUUGCCAAUCAGUGAUGAGCUCAGAAGUGUCCAGCGGCAAGCUUUUGCCGGUCUCCUUUGGAACAAACAGUUCUAUCAGUUUAUCCAUGAUUAUUGGUACAGAGGAGACCCUGACUCAAAAAUAAAGCCUACUAUUAACAGAGCUAAUGGACGAAACAAAGAUUGGAAGCAUCUUUAUAUAAAUGAUGUACUAUCUCUCCCUGACAAAUGGGAGUAUCCUUUUUUCUGCACGUGGGACACUGCCUUCCACUGCAUACCAAUAGCCAUGAUAGAUCCAGAUUAUGCGAAGAAUCAAUUAGACAUUUUGACUCGGGAAUGGUAUAUGCAUCCCAAUGGACAAAUGCCCGCGUACGAAUGGAAUUUCAGUGACGUCAACCCUCCAGUCCAUGCAUGGGCCACCUUCAGAACUUAUAAAAUUGAAAGAAAAAUGUACGGGCGUCAGGAUAUUCCAUUUUUGGAACGUGUUUUUCAGAAGCUUUUACUAAACUUCACUUGGUGGGUCAAUAGAAAGGAUACUGAGGGCAAGGGGCUUUUUGAGGGAGGUUUCUUGGGACUUGAUAACAUUGGCAUAUUCAACAGGUCGGAGCCUCUACCCACUGGUGGAACACUGGAACAAGCUGAUAGUACAGGUUGGAUGGCUUUUUUUUCUUUGCAAAUGUUGAAUAUUGCAUUGGAACUAGCACAAUACAAUCCUGUCUAUGAAGAUAUUGCUUCGAAGUUUUUUGAACAUUUCAUUCUAAUUUCUGAUGCGAUGACAGUUAACGGAGGCACUGGGGAGAAAUCGUUAUGGAAUGACGACGACGGCUUUUAUUAUGAUGCCAUAAGUUGGGGAGAGUCCACAUCAAUGCAGUUGCCUAUUCGUUCAUUAGUGGGCCUGAUCCCAUUGUAUGCUAGUCUGACUUUGGAGCCAGAGUUAAUUAAGAAGUUUCCCUCAUUCACGAAACGAUUAGAUUGGUUUAUCAAAAUGAAAGGUAAUGUUGCAGAGCGAAAUAUUGAAUCCAUGAGUGCCCGAGGGGUUGGCGAACGGUUACUUCUCUCACUUGUCAGUAAAGAACGUUUAGUUUCAAUUUUGGAAAAAAUGCUAGACGAGGAUGAGUUUUUGUCCCAAUACGGUAUUAGAUCUUUAUCAAAGUACCACGAAGAGCAUCCCUUUGAGAUGGAAGUUCAUGGCCAGAAUUAUGAAGUAAAAUAUCUUCCAGGAGAGUCGGAUAGUGGACUGUUUGGUGGAAAUUCCAAUUGGAGAGGUCCAAUUUGGCUUCCUGUUAAUUUCCUUAUCGUUGAAUCAUUACAAAAGUUCUAUCUAUACUACGGCUCGUCCUUGAAGGUAGAAUGCCCGAAAGGGUCCGGAAAAUACUUGAAUUUGGCUCAAGUUGCAGAGGAGAUUCAACAUCGCUUGAUUCAUUUGUUCAUUAGGGAUGUCAAUGGAAAGAGAGCUUCAAACGGAGACUGUGAUCUGCUUAAUGAGGACAAGCAUUUCAAAAACUAUGUAUUGUUCUAUGAGUAUUUUGAAGGAGACACCGGAAGAGGUUUAGGAGCGGGACAUCAAACAGGUUGGACGGCACUUGUAGCUAAGUGGAUUCAUGACACUGGAAUAUCAUGCCGGGUACCCAAAACUCCCAAAACAGAUGACAGAAGACCGUCUUACUUUCUACAAAAACACGGUACAAACGAUGAAGACAUUUAUCCUGACGACCAAGACGAUUUAUCCCAGAGUUUCUCACCCUACAUGUCAACUCCCUUCCCUGGAAACCUCACUAGAAGAAGGUCGGGUAAAUCACUGCUGAAUCUGACGACUGACGUCCUAGAUAUGACAGAUGAAGAGCUUAAAGCUCAUCGAAGAAAUCUUCCUGGAUUGAGUCGUACUGCCAGCUUAGCUAGCUCCAAAUCUGGGUAUGUAUCUGCUGGUGGCGCUAGUGGAAGUGAAGUGCUCUCACGCAAGAGUAGUUGCAGUGAAAGUGACGAAAUUGAUUUUUUUAACCAAGUUCGAGACGCCAUCAGUAAUUAUGAGCUCAAAGAUGAUGAUAAUCUUAGUGGGGAUGAAUUAGAGAGUCACAUUAAUUAG